AUGUCCGGAGCACUCGAAGGCAUCUACGAGCCCGGAGUCGUCGACCCCGGGCUUCCUGUCGCCAAUGGCACCUCAUCGUUCUGGCACUCUAAGGGCCAUCCAUUGUCAGACCACCAGUCCUCCUGGCCAUCUGAGCCUGUCGAUGUGGUUAUCAUUGGGUCUGGGAUUUCAGGAAUGAGCAUUGCCCGUACACUCGCCGCUGAGGCUCCUCAACUCCGAGCCGUCCUCGUGGAAGCCCGCGCGCUGUGCUCUGGCGCUACGGGGCGGAAUGGUGGUCACUGUAAAACGAUGACUUUCGCCAUGUGGGAGGAGCGCAAGGCUUCGUUUGGCAUUGAUGAAGCGAUUCGUAUCACAGAGUGGGAGGAUAGUCACUUGGGUGCCAUGUCCGCGGCUAUUCUUCAGGAUAACAUCGACUGCGACCUCGUCCUGACGGAUGGCAUCGAGGCAUACUAUGAUGAGGCCAGUUUCCAGCGUGCUAUGAAAGCACUGGAAGACAUGCGGGCUCAUCUACCCCAGAUUGCGGGAAAACACACUGUUCACACAGAUAAGACCUUUCUGCGUAAGACUCUGAAGUUAUCUGAUAAGUGUGUCGGCGCCGUGGCUAUCCCCGCAGCAUCUGUAUGGCCUUACAAAUGGAUCAGCUCUGUUAUGGCCAGUUUAGUCGAGGCAGGCAAGAUCAACCUUCAGACGAAUACCCCGGUACAUGAUAUAAUGGACGAUGAUAACAAGGACUACGCCAUCGUUAAAACAUCGAGGGGUGAUAUCGCAACAAGACAUGUCGUCCACGCAACCAAUGCCUGGUUGGGCCAUCUGCUCCCCGAGCUGCGCCCUUACAUCUCUCCUGUGAGGGGCAACAUUGUCCGAUUUGCACCUUUAAAUGAGAAAGCAGAGGCUUCAGUACUGGGCCUGGAUCCUAACUACUCUCUCUGGCUUCGUUACGGAGACAAGGACUAUGACUAUCUCAUUCAGCGCAAAGCGGGAGACGUUGUCGUGGGCCGAGCCAACACUGGUCGUAAAGCGACGGCAGACGAUAGCACGACAGAUAUUUCUGCCAUGGCGCAUCUUCGCGGCUUUGCGGACGAAGCACUUGCUUCACCACGGCGCGGCUCGUCUGCGUAUAUUACGCAUGCAUGGGCCGGGAUCCUCGCGUUCUCCCAAGAUGCCGUGCCAUUUGUUGGACGACUCCCGUUUCCUGGACGGAAGAAUCAGUGGGUGUGCGGUGGCUACCAUGCAACAGGCAUGAUCAAGGCCUUUCGCGCCUCGCAGCUCUGUGCUCGCAUGGUGAUGGGUGGUCAAAUUGAUUACGAGUAUCCCCAAUCCUUCCUGAUCACGAAGAAGAGAAUGCAUGCUCUGAGACAAUCCCUGGACAGUGGGAAGAUGCCAGUGUUUUAUUCUUCCAGAAUGUAA